GUAAUGCUAGUUUCGAUGGAAGAAUAGUCAUAAGUAAACGUAUACUGAGCCCGCACAUCACUAAAUUUAGAGCUGACGCAAUCAGAAGACAGAGCUCAAUGCUUCUUUGAAAUAUGAGUUCCAUGGUGUUAUUAGCCAUCAAAUUGCUCGUAGCAGCUGCUAUUGUUGUGCAACACUUUGCCUUGUUUUGUGGGCAGAUCUGCGAAGACGAUGUCAUGGCAUGAGCACCUGUUCGGCCGUAUUGUCAAUUCAAUGACAACUACACGUGGUUAGACUCUAUGGCCCUUCUCUUGUUUCCACUAGGAUCUUUGGGCUCUGUCAUGGCCACACCUGUGCAGUUAAGUACCCCCGUCGUCGGAAGCCUGAGUGGCACUCCUGUGAAAACGUUAUAUCACUAUAUUCCAAUGGGUGCGGUCAUCAGCGUUGUCAUCGGUAUCAUCCUUGAGGUUGCAUAUGUUGUGUCCGCUAUUUUAGGAGCUGUCCUGUGUACGUCGCUGUUCCACUAGU